CUCAAUCCACUGUGACCUACUGCUGAAGAAGGAAGUCGAAAAUGAAAGCAUCGAAGGACAAUAGGCCACAGCCCCCAGCGUACAGCGCAGUACCGCCUGGCAACACCACGGCACCGUAUCCAGUGCAGCCUGGGGCACCAGGUGGAUAUCCUGCUCCACCUGGACAUCCUGGAUAUCCUGCUCCACCUGGACAUCCACACAGCGGGGUACCAGUUAGCAAUGUUAUUGGAGGGUAUCCACCACAUGCCGCCGGCAUGGUGAUUAUGCCACCACUGACCGUGGGAGCCGAGUCGUGUACCGUCGUCUGUCCUUCGUGUCGCAAAACCGUCCAGACAGACAUCAAGGUCGUGUCAACCACCAAGACACACAUGUUCGCCUUCUUACUAGCCAUCUUUGGAUGCUGUCUAUGCUGCUGCAUUCCGUACUGUGUGGACAGCCUGAGAGCGAAGCAUCACUACUGUCCGGAGUGUAAAGCUUUUAUUGCAGCUUACGACAGAUGAAUCCCGUUUUUCAACCCUUUGUUUAUAGUGAAUGAUCUGAUGACUCAUGACUUCUGGCACAACGCCACACAUAAGGGUACCAUUGCAAAACACUCUGGCUGUGUGAUAUUGUGAACUAUGAAGCACUGAUUCAUUUUAAAACACUCCAAAGAUAGGAAGUUGUGAAAGCAGAAUAUUAGUGGAGUUCCGCAUGAUACUUUUCCAGUUACUCUAGUACAUGUUCUGCGUUAUUACGCUAAACAUUGAGUAACUGAUAGAAAGUUCAGUUCGAUACACCAAUGUUUGUGUCUUUUUACCUACACAUCUAUUAACUGGUGAGAGAUUGCUGAUAUUUUGGCCACUUCGUAGCUUGCAUUAUGCAACACAGGGCAAUUAACAUGAUUUACGUGCUUUACAGGCAUCAAAAUCUCCAAAUUUCUUAUUGUGUGCAUCACGCAACAGAGUCUGUGCUUUUUCUACAUGUUAUGACAAGAGAGAUAAAACCAUGUUACAGAAUUGAAUCAAUUUCCUGUUAAUUCCUUAUUCGUUUUGUAGCUUUUGUAAACAGUUGUUUACUCACAUACAUUUUUAGAAAUAACUGGCAAAGAUUUUUUAUACAGUGACAUUACUCGCGUAGAAUUCAGUGUAGUUGAUUGUAAUACAGAACUAACGGAAGAUAUCCGUUACCAGCUAUUUUGAAUGGUGCGGGCGAAAA